AUGUUCAGCAAGGUCACCAUCGCUCUCGUCGCUGCCGCCAUGGCAUUCGUGCAGGUCCGUGGCGAGUCCCAUACUGUAACUUUCACCAACGACUGUGGCUAUGGAACUCCUUACUUGUGGGGGCCUGACGGCGUUCUCCUCUCCACUGGUAGUCCUUACACCAGUAAUGGCCCUGCCGAUGGUUUGAUCGCUUACUUGCAGAUUGGCCCGUGUGGCAACAAUGGUGAAAAUUGCACUUUGGUCGAGGCAUCGCUUAACAAUGCUGGUGGAAGUAGUGCAGAUAUCUCGCUUAUUCCUCCGCACUCGUUCACUGUAGCGAGCGGGUUUGACUAUUACAAUGGUUGCGAUGGUCAAGGCACAGACUGCACUGAUAACGACUGCCCCGACGCCUUCCGCGAGCCGAACCAGACCGGGUUUGAAGUUGUCUGCUUGGCCGCUAACGUCGACCUGAACAUCAAAUUCUGCGACUGA